UGGUGGCUUAUUGCUUAACAUCCUACAAAAUGAUUUAAAAUUAUUGUCAUAUGCAUUUAUCUUCACUCUGAUGAGGGCUCAGACGUGAUAACACCCGUGGUUCCCUGUCCCCGUGGGAGCUGGCGUGCGGGCUGCCUGCUGCCUCCCCUCCAUUAGCCACAGCUAUUGGAUUUCCCACCCAGAAUCUUUAGGUAAAUGAGAUCAUGAUUCUGGAAGGAAGUGGUGUGAUGAAUCUCAACCCCAGCAACAACCUCCUCCACCAGCAGCCAGCCUGGACAGAUGGCUACCCCACGUGCAAUGUUGCCAGUGGGUUUUUUGGAGGCCAGUGGCAUGAAAUCCAUCCUCAGUACUGGACCAAGUACCAGGUGUGGGAGUGGCUCCAGCACCUCCUGGACACCAACCAGCUGGACGCCACCUGCAUCCCUUUCCAGGAGUUCGACGUCAACGGCGAGCACCUGUGCAGCAUGAGCCUGCAGGAGUUCACGCGGGCGGCAGGGGCGGCGGGCCAGCUUCUCUACGGCAACCUGCAGCACCUCAAGUGGAAUGGCCAGUGCAGCAGCGACCUGUUCCAGUCCACACACAAUGUCAUCGUCAAGACAGAACAAAGUGACCCUUCCAUCAUGAACACCUGGAAAGAAGAAAACUUUUUAUAUGACACCAACUAUGGUAGCACAGUAGAUUUGUUGGACAGCAAGACGUUUUGUCGGGCCCAGAUCUCCAUGACGAGCAUGGGUCACCUUCCUGUCGCAGAGUCACCUGAGAUGAAAAAGGAGCAAGACCACCCUGCAAAGUCCCACGCCAAAAAGCACAAUCCACGAGGGACCCACUUAUGGGAAUUCAUCCGUGACAUCCUCCUGAACCCAGACAAGAACCCAGGGUUAAUCAAGUGGGAAGACCGGUCUGAGGGCAUCUUCAGGUUCUUGAAAUCAGAGGCUGUGGCUCAGUUAUGGGGCAAAAAGAAAAACAACAGCAGCAUGACCUAUGAAAAACUCAGCCGAGCGAUGAGAUAUUACUACAAAAGAGAAAUUCUGGAACGUGUAGACGGAAGAAGACUCGUAUACAAAUUUGGGAAGAAUGCACGUGGAUGGCGAGAAAAUGAAAACUGAACCUGCCAACACUUUGAGCACGAACCCAAACAUUCCCCCAAAUGAUAGCCAGCCAAGAGCUCCUGGACAUAAGUAUUUCAAAGACUACUUUUCUCUGAUAUUUAUGUACCUUGAGGGGGAAAACCAUCUACUUCUAAUGGGAAGAAGGAACACUACAGUUGAUAAAAUUAUUUUGUUACUUUGAAGUAUGUCCUAUAUGGGGGACAAACGUACACAGUUUUCUGUGAAAUAUGAUGCUGUAUGUGGUCGUGAUUUGUUUUUGCCUCUAUCGUGAAGUUCCUUUCCACGGCAAGAAGGGCAGGAUUUGUAGCCUUGUGUUUCUUGCUAAGAGAAAGAGAAAAAAAUUAGAGGGCAUUAAAUGUUUUUAUAUUAGGAAAAGGUGACAUGUCCUCUGUGUGUAAGCAUCCACAUGGCCUCAUCGGGAGAGGCGGGAGAGGUCACUAAGGUGAACUCCAAGGUCUCAGAUUGACAGGGUGAACCCAAGGAUGCUGGGAAGUUUAACCUGACCUUUUGGAGCCAGUGAGGGGAGCAUGAAGACUUCCAAAAUCCAAGUGGACUAUAAUCACUUCAUAAUCACAUGACUUGCCAUGCUUAAAUCAGCAGAAUAAUGGUGAAGGCUUUCUACUCAUUCAAGAAUGAUUUACCUGACACCAAGGCUGUCUCUCUCCCUCCCUCUUUGAUGAUUGGGGGAAAAAACUUCAAAUGCCGUCUCUGCUCACUUCUAGGUAUUUAAGAGAGAGUUUAGCCUUGGUUGUUUUCAAUCCCAAUUGUUUGAAAAUAAAUGGGAAAAAGGAA